GUGUUGAUGGAGCCGAACGGUCGAAGAGUUGGUUGAUCUCGCUACGGCCGGGAGAGGGGGGGUGGGGAUCCGUUUGAAGUAUUAUAAGGUUUAAGUAUUCAGUCCCUGUCGCCCAUUAGAGGCAAGGGCCUGUGGCAGGCUAUGGAAAAAACCAGCGAUGCUUUUUGGCUGAACCAAUGCGGCGCACAACCAACGGCUAACUGAGCAAUUAUAGACCUUUUUAGAGGUGCAAUUCAACACGGUUGAAAGGGACAAUGAUCUCUUCUGUGUUUCUAGUAUACGCUUAGUGUUUUUCAAUUACCUCAACAACAUGGACGGCCCUUGCCUUCACCAAUUCAUCACUGCGCCGGUUAAGAAUUGCCUUCAAUUGCACCGCAUUAAACAUUGCAAAGAUUUCUUUAACGGGAAGUAUGAAUCGUACGCUCAAAAUUCCGAUGAUUUGCAAACAUGCACGAGUUUAUCAUUAUGUGAUAAGCGAGAAAAGAAGAGUUUACGAAAAUGCUUGUGGAGUCGACACUGCGCGUCCAUGAACUUCUAGCGUGAUCUCCAAUUUUUAACUAUGAAUGAAAGCUUUAUCCGUGUUCUGACAGCACCGAAUGAGAAUAAAAAAAAGAAAAAGAAAACGAAGAAGUUUCUCGCUUCUUUUCGAUCAUCAAGAGUCAAGUGGAUGAAUCCACGUGCCAGCACGAACGAAGCUUACGUUCCGACGUACAUCGAGCAUGUGGCGAACGUUAUAACACACGGAAUAUGGGUUGUGCCUUCUUUGUUGGGAGGCCUUGAACUUGUCAAGCGUUCUCUAACGUGGACCCAACUUGUCUCAGCCUGGGUCUAUGGCACUUCGCUUCUUCUCGUUUUUGCCGUAUCGACCUUUUUUCACAGCGUACACUAUUGCAAUCACACGCAAUUGAAAGACGUUCUUCAUCGUUGUGAUCGAGCAAUGAUUUAUGUAUUCAUCGCUGCCACGUACUUUCCAUGGUUGAUGGUCGAGGACUUUCCUGACAACAAGUGGCUCUCGCUCAUGCGAUACAUCGUCUGGAUAAUGGCGACGUUGGGUAUUCUCUAUCAACAAGUUUUUCACGAACGUUACAAAAUGCUCGAAACGAUAUUUUACUUGGUGAUGGGCAUCGGACCCAGUAUCGCCGUGAUCAGUGUCAACAAGUUCGACAAUAUUGGAGAAUUGAAGACUGGAGGAUUGAUCUACAUAGUCGGUCUGGUGUUCUUCAAAUCGGAUGGUCGUAUUCCAUGCGCCCACGCGAUAUGGCAUCUCUUCGUGGCAGGAGGUGCUGGACUUCAUUAUUAUGCGAUAUUGCGCCACCUUUAUCCAUCCUCGAUGGAGCAAAUCGAUGGAUCGUUGGGUGGUCCAGCGUUAACGGAUAUUCUGGGCUCGCACGUUGAGCUAUAGAAAACAUUGGAGCUUUAGAUCUUUGACGAGUGCGAUUACUAUCGCGAUUACAUGGAUGGAUGAUAAUUAUUUUGUCCCUAUGCGUAACGAAAAGUGACGCUCUAUGAGAGAUGAUCACAUUUCAUAGUUCGAUAAAACCACCGGUUCGAGUAAUUCUUCUUCAGUUUUUUAAAAAUAUAAUCUACGUAAUUGGUGACGGAAAAUGAAAGAACGUAAUUUAGAAAAGUUAGCAAUCAUUUUGAGGGUAAUCAAACGCGUUUGUAACAUAUAUUUUCAUAAAGGAAAAGUUAGCGUAAUUAUAACGAGACGGCUUAGCUUUAAGUGACAAGUUUCCAAUGGAUUCGAUGAAAUUCAUAUCUUCCUUAGAUCACGAGUAAUAAAAUCCUCGGUUUUCAUGAUUAACGAAAGAUUUCAUGGAUGGAAAGCAACGAAAAAUAUUUUCGUUGGUCAAGAUUUUUUAAUUUUGCGAAUUAAUAAAUCAGCGUUGAAUUUUUGGCUCCCAGAAUUGGCUCCAUAGCCUGAUACUUCAAAGAAACGAAAAAAAAAAAAACAACGAUUCGUUGCAUUCCAUCAAUGGAAAUCGGGAUUCUGUGGAUUUGGGGAAACAAAGUCAGCAGACGAAACGAGCAGAAGACAAUUACCAUUAAUUAGAGUCAAAUGUUAGCUUUAAACUUCUGUUCUGUCACUUAUACAAACUGACUGAAUAUAUCGUGAGGUUUAAAGAAGCUGUAACGACGAAUUUCCAUGGGGUAAACGAGAGAAAUAGGAAAAUUAUCGACUAGCAACGGUAUCAUUAAUUGUAUCUGAUGUGGUGAUUGACAAGUCGAUAGGGAAAAGGGAAAAACAAAAGACUGGAGUGAUUGACGAAGGGAUAAUGAAAUGGAUGACCACGUAGAAUACAAAUGGUUAAACUUAUGCUUAUCACAUGUUCAAUUGAGCCAAAAAUGAAACAUUAACUUUUAAGAACAUUAAUAAUGAUAAUAAAAAUACGAUAUUUCUGUAGAACAAAUGAUGACAAGAUGAAAAUGUAUGAAGAUACAAAUUGUAGUUACGUAAUGACGAUUUUAAUCUUAGAUCAAGAGUGAAGUAUAGAACCGAGUCAAACUGUAUUUUAUUAUAGGACAAUAGAACUUUGUAAUACAUGGGACAACGAUCUUUCGAUGAGAAAAGAAAUUCUCAUGAACGUUCAUCUGUCAGAUGUACCGAAUUUUUCCUUUCGUUAAUACUUACACUUAAGAAUGAAAAUAUUUGAUAUUGUAUAUCCUGAGGAUGUGUAGGUUAUUUAUUAAUUUUUGAUUUUUCAAAUACUGUUAUCUCCAGACGAAAUGUCGAUUUAUUCGACAUUCAUGUCGCUCCAAUUUUUCCAUAUGGAAAAAACAUUGCGUUCUUUCCCUCAAACUCGGAACAGGGAUGGGUCAAAUUAAAUUUGAAGUCACUGUUUCUCCUGAUUGUACAAUUAUUUUUUCAUAUUAGUCGAUUUUGCCAGAAAAUUUGCCAAGCAUGAGAGGAGGUGAUAUAACAUUUUCGAUCAUCUCUGUUACCGAGUAGCCUGUGAUUGCACGUUUACAAUAUGUGCCAAGACCUUCGUCUCGAAUUUAGUGGUUGCUUUGUCGUUUUAGUUGGUUUCUUUGAAGAAAAGCAUUACGUAUCGAUCGUGCGUCUGCGUCGUCAGUUGCAGGCGCGUGGAUGCGACAGAGCCAAAUGACAAAAAUUUUACAAGUUUUUGGUGUCAAAGCUACUUCGUUGUAAUCAUAGAUAUUUUUUCUUUUUGUACAUCGAACAUUGACGACUAUCCAUGUCUUUACGUUGGAUAAUUUAAUGAAUUAACGCUGAUAAAAUCAAAAGGAUGAACAAUUAGAAAUUUUGGUCUAAAGAAAUUUUUUUCUUUGGCAGAUCUUUCGACUGUGCGAUUAUUGUCGUACGGACCCACUUUGUCAAACAACGAUUUUCCUGUUUUUUUGUAGCUUUAAUUUUGUUAGUAGGGAGAAAUUUUUUAUUUUUUAUCAUUAUUUUGCAUGCCAACGGUAUGAAAAAAUGUAUACAAUGCAAUUUUGGUAUGUAAAAGCUUCUGCGUGAAAAAAAUUGAUGACGAAUACAAAUGUUUAUCCGUUAAAAAUUUUCGAAGAGGUUUUCGAGUUCAUUAGUGCGUAGAUUUUGAAUGAUGUACAGAUUGUUAAAUAGAUGCAAAUCAAAUUGAGUUGAAAUGUCUCGUGAAGCUUGAGCAAAUGUCCGGAUAGUUUUUAUUUUUGUUCUUUGUCUACGUAAACAUGACAAAUGAGAAUUCAAAUGUGACUUGAAAAAUAAUUCGAUUCGAAAAUAAUCAUCGAUUAAAACUCGACAUGAAAUUUCGUAUUUCUGAAACGUUGCUUCAAUUUUUAUGAAUUUGUUAAAAAAUAAUAGAAAAUUGACGUGGAAGGUUGGCAAAACUUUCUGAAAUUAGAUAAAACGAUAAAGAGAAUUCCUCAUCUUAUCGCAAAGUCGAUUUGGCGCAGAGCUCGUUGUUCACAAUUGGCCAAAAGUGGCAUAUUCAAGGUAUAUUGAGUGACUAGGAAUUAGUUGAAAAUCUAAAUACGUGUGUACGUAAAAAAACUGUGGCAAAUGAGAAGCGUUGGGUGCUCGAAGUCUCUGGAGCGAUAUGAUUUGAAUUUGAAUUGUGUAGCGAAGAUAGAUUGGUAUAGUUAUUUUAGAAUAAUAAUCAAAAAGGAUGUAGAUUUAGGAACGUAUUUGAUAAACGCUAGAAGCUCAUUCGAUCGAUGAGUGAGAACUUUGUGUCAAGAAUGGAUUUUCAAAAAUUGUACUGCCGGAAAUUCCCUUUUCUUUUUCAAAUAAAAUGGAAAAUUUAUGACGAA